AUGGAAAGAUUGGUCAACAAAACAGCAGCCGUGCCACGCCGCGCCCCCACCCCCAGCGGAGCCGUCAUGUGGCAGGAGGCCCGCAAACAUGAGCGCAAGCUUCGCGGUAUGAUGGUGGACUAUAAACGCAGAGGCGAGCGGCGGAGAGAAUACUAUGAAAAAAUUAAAAAGGAUCCUGCGCAGUUUCUUCAGGUCCAUGGCCGAUCUUAUAAGAUCCAUCUUGAUCCUGCAGUGGCUCUUGCUGCAGAAAGUCCAAUUAACAUGAUGCCAUGGCAAGUGGUUGAUGAUAACACACCAGAGCAUGAGAUGGAGGACAGGAAGUGCAACUAUGAACGAUAUAGAGGCUUGGUGCAAAAUGACUUUGCCAACAUUUCUGAAGAGCAGUGUUUAUACCAGAUUUAUUUGGAUGAACUCUAUGGAGGACUUCCAAAACCAAAUGAGGAUGAGAAGAAAAAACUUGCUGAGAAGAAGGCAAAUAUUGGAUAUAUUUAUGAGGACAGCACCGUGACACAGCCUGAACCUCAGCCAGACAAAGAGGAAGAUGACUCUGAGAAUAGUGAAUCUGAGGAAGAUGAGGGUAUUCCAGACAUAGAUGUGGAAGUAGAUGUUGAUGAACUGAAUGAUGAACAAUUGCUGGACCUUAAUAAAAUUGCAACUCCGUAUGGGAUGGCUGAAGGAGAUUUUGUCAGAAUGCUGAGAAAAGACAAAGAGGAGGUUGAGGCCAUUAAGCACGCCAAGGCUUUGGAGGCAGAAAAAGCAAUGUAUUCUGGUCGACGUUCACGUCGCCAGAGACGAGAGUUCAGAGAAAAAAGGCUAAAAGGACGACAGAUCAGCCCGCCCAGUUAUGCCAGAAGAGACAGUCCGACGUAUGAUCCCUACAAACGACCAGAGUCUGAAUCUAGUUCUGAAUCCCGGUCUCGGUCAAGGACCCCAGGACCUGAGAAGAUCACCUUUAUCACAAGCUUCGGAGGCAGCGAUGAGGAAGCCCCAGUAGUGGCUCUCCCUGCUGCUCCACAGUCGGCCCAUAACGCCUCCAAUGCGCAGCACCCCGCAGGUCGUAGCAGGGGCUCCCGGAGACAGCGAUCAUCUUCCAGUGCCAGUUCUUCCUCUGAUUCCUCAUCCAACUCUUCAUCUGGUUCCUCAUCGCACUCACGCCACGGCGCUCCAGAUCUAACUCACGGAGCAGAGGCUCUGGAUCCUGGAGGAGACGUGACAGGACAAGAUCUCGAUCCAAUGAUAGAGGCAGAGAACGGGAUCGAGACAGGAGAAGAUGCUCUUCACAUCGACGCUCAAGAUCACGCUCAGACUCUAGACAACGUGGUACUUCAUGUCGUGGGAGUCGCAGCAGCAGAGGAAACAGCAGAUCAGAGUCUCCCGGUCGUCCCACCUACAGCCCCUCUCCUCCUCAUAGAGGGGUACAGCCCUCCGCCACUUUUGUCUCUGAUAAGCUCAGAAAGCCUGAUACUGUGGGUGGUAAAGAGACUGGAGCCGCCAAAGUCAGUAAGAAUUACCCCACAGGAGCGACUAAAGUUGCGAAUGCAAAAGGCGCUUAACAAGCAGUCGAAAGCCGACAAGAAAGCUGCCCAAGUCAAAAUCCAACAGCAGGAAAAUAAGAGACAGGAGAGAGAGGGAGAGCUACGAGCUAUGGCACGGAAAAUACGGAUGAAAGAGCGAGAGCGUCGUGAAAGAGAGAGGGAUGAAUGGGAGAGACAAUAUGGCAGAGAAAGCCGCUCACCUUCUCCAUCCAAAUAUAGUCGAGAACACGACUCUCCUAGAAGAAGAUCUCGCUCUCGAUCGCGGAGUCCAUACUAUCGACACUGA